UGUUCCAGUCAUUGGUAGGUGAAGGUGAGGGUGUGAGUGUGGAGGAGCCUUUGCACGCCGACGUCUCAAAAAUCAACUAUCGGAUUAAUAAGUCGGACAGGUGUAAUCCUUUAUUUACUGGAAAGCUUCACACAUACCUGUCUUGUGCUGGAAAGUUUCUGUCUUUACUCGUAAAGAUGCAGUCUUUGGCAUGAGAAACGUAUGUGUGUGUGUCACUCAACAGUUCACGCUCCUCACCUGGAAAUCAUCAAGAAAGUCAUGCAGAUCUGAACGUUGUCUGGGCACAGUGUACUAGAGGAAGUGCCGCGAGUGAGCGAGAAACAGUGUAGUGCCGGCGGUGGUUGUGGAUCAGCAUCUGUGUCAGCCGGAAGCGUUUAAGUCACCAUGGUUGGGGUGGUGAGAGAUGUAGUGAUCCCCGUGAAGGGAGACCCAGUGUUCACCAUAGUAUGUGAGAUCCUGACGACUCCAGCACCUGAGGAGGAGAAGCCGCACACGACGCGGUUGUGGAAGAUGGCGUCGGCGUGGCGAGUCAUUUCCUUCUUCGUGGUGGUGUUCGUGCUGCCCACCGUCCUCAUCUCCCUGCCUCUGUACGCCCGCUACCACCUCUACCAUGCCCGUAACGUGCCCAUGACUGAGACCGACACUCGCGCCCUCAACCAUGCCGUUUCGUCUUUCUGGUGCCAGGGUCAGCGUGUGACCAGCAAUGGGACCUUGGAUGCCUUCAAGGUGGCGGGGCUGCCGCGUUUGCAGGAGAAGAGGCGACAUGUUACCCUCAAGAGGAACCUCACCCUUAGGCAUGAUGACAUUGAGUACUGGGGCGUGUACCUGCUUGAAGGCUCCUCCUUUGCCCUGACCUCUUCUGCUAGAUGGCCUGGCGGUGUUCUUCUGGUGGUGCAAGGUGAGGAGAACUUACGCAAGUGUUUCUACCGGGAGAAUCGUUUAGAAGAGGAGCUGAACGGCAACAAGCCAGCAAUGAACAACGUGUAUAAGAGUCCAUAUGAUGUGGAAACCCAUCCUGUGACAAUGGAGGAGGAACGACACUGGGAGGAAGAAGAUGUGGGAGGUGAAGUGUUCGAUGAUGAUGAUCAUGAAAGUAUAAGUAAAGUGAAGGUUGCGGAAAUCCAGCUUGAAGAUGGCGAUGAUGAGGAUGAUGAUGAUCUUGAUGAUCUUUUACCAGGUCUGUCUGAUGACAAAAUACAUAGGCACCAUAAAUAUGACAUUGUUGAAAAAGUAGCAAAUGCUCCCAUGAGAAAAAAUGGUAAAGGAAAGAAGAUUAAGAAUGGGAAGAGUACCAAACGUAAUAAAAAGGAAAUCCAGCACAGACGUCCUUCAAGGCCGAGGACCAGACUCUGCUCCAAGUCUGAAACUACGACACUUCUUAAAAAGCUGGACAUUUUGCACAUGUUUAAUGACACUCUGGAGGUACAAACUGGCAACUCGUCAUUUUUGCAGCGAGGAGUUCUUGGAACAGUGUCGUGA